AUGUUUGGUGGUGGAAACCCGUUUGGUGGUGGAAUGGAAGAAAUGGCUUCAGACUAUAUGAUUAAUCGAUUUGUUCCUGGUGGAUUAAAUGGUCCAAUGGGUAUGAUUGCUGAUAAUAUGAUUGGUGGAAAUCCUAAUGGAGGAUUUGGUGGUAUGGGUGGAAUGGGCGGUAUGGGUGGAAUGGGUGGAAUGGGUGGUAUGGGUGGUAUGGGUGGAAUGGGUGGCGGUAUGGGUGGUGGUAUGGGUGGUUAUGGUAAUAGUUAUGGUUAUGGAUACUAUUAA